CAGAAGAGAAUUUGGAUCUGUUUGGCGGAAUGAAACACAUUUUCCCGCAGGGCGUCUCCCCAACGCUUGGCUCCAGGGUUGCCAAGCCCAAGCACAGAUGCCCCCUUGUGCGCCUGCUUUCUCUGCCCUGGUGCGCAAGGUCCAAUCUUGUUUUGCGUGGUGGCCGUUCGGGCUUUGCGUUCCCACUCGCCCACCCUUGUGGGGAUCCGGGGUUUCCAAAGAAAACUUUCUUUGUGGGUGAAAAGGCAUCGGGCGUGUUUGCCAGGCGGGGAGGAGAGCGAGCAGUGUGCAUCGGCAGUGGAAAGAGAAACCAAAUACUUCACGUUUUCAACCAACGGGCCCUGCUCCUUCGGACCGUCCCCUCCCCACCUCCUGAUUCAGCCCGUAUAAAAAGCUCCCCUCGGUUCCACCUUGACGUCUUCCUUGCGAGGGAUCGCUGUUGGGCCUCCUUCCCCUGCCUGACCCCACAUCCAGCUGAAGCAAGCGGAAUCGCUUCCCCCCUUCCUUGAACGCCAUGGCCAGCAGCGAACUGACCGACCUGGAGACGGCCAUCGAAAAAAUAGUGUGCACCUUUUUUACCUAUGCCGCCCAGGAGGGCAAGAAGGGCACCCUCACCACUGGCGAGUUUAAAGAACUGGUCACCCUCCAACUCCCCAACCUCAUGAAGAACGUCGGGGACCUCGACGAGAAGAUGAGAGCCCUCGACGUCAACAACGAUGAGGAGCUGAAGUUCGGAGAAUAUUGGCGCCUCAUUGGAGAACUAGCAAAGGAGAUCAAGAGGGAGAAAGUGGGGAAGAAGAAGUGAUUGGGAGGUGCGGGUGUGGGUGUGUGUACGGGGAUGUGUGUGUCAAGGUGGGGGGGAUUUUCAGAUGGAGGGAUGGGACCAGGAAAUCAUCACCGUGCGCAUCAGCAGAAGCACAUGAGCGCAUCAAGAGUCAUAAACCAUCUAUGGGCUUCCAACUUUCAAAUAAAAGUCUUCAUUCCAGAA